AUGGAAGAAUAUUUAAAAUUAGAUGUAAAAUAGCUUAUUAAGGAAAAAAAAAUUGUUUAUAUAGAACCAAAAAGAGACCAUCAUUUUACUGUUGUUUGGCUUCAUGGAUAUGGAGAUACUCAUUUAGGUUUUUAUGAGCUAUUUUAAGAUAAUAUAAAUCCUUUUGGUGAAAAUACAAAAAUUGUUUUGCCUUGCGCUCCUUUAAUAAAAACUAAAGCUUUACCUGCAUUCCUAAUGAAUAGUUGGUUUGAUAUAGAGCAUUUAUAGGCAUAAGAUUUAUUGCAAGCCAAUGAUGAAAAUGGAAUAAAAAGUGCAGCUGAGUUCAUAUCAAAAAUAAUUUAAUUUGAAGCUUAAAUUCUAAAUAAUCAGUAUGAGAGGAUAUUUUUAGGAGGAUUCUCUCAAGGGUUUAUCUUAAGCUUAAAAGUGGGACUAGAAUUCGAUCAUAGGUUGGGAGGAGUAUUAGGAUUUUGUGGUAUAAAUUUCAACUUUAAUGAUAAACAUAGAAAUAGACUGCCUCUUUUUAUUGGAAUAUCUAAAAAUGACUCUGUUAUAAAUUUUUAAUUGGCUUCUCAAUCUUUUGAAGAGCUAGAGAGUAAUAGAUAAGAUUAUAAUUUUUGUUUAUUUAUUGAUCAAACUAGUGGCCACACAAUUAGUACUUAGGGCUAUAAAAAGCUCGAGGAGUUCUAUUCUUCUUUAUAGUCUAGGUAUGUUUAGUGA